GAUUGAGAGGAAGUGUGUUUCCUCAAUCGCCUCCCCCCCCUCCUUUUCCGCCUGAAUCCCUUGUUCCGGGGUAUCCCUGGAAACGGGACACUACCGGAAGUGAGUAUGGAAAAAAUGGCGGUGGGUGUGCUCGGCUCUGGGAGCGGGAGUUGGAUGUGGAGCAGGCGGGGAGAGCGGGCCUUGGCUCGGAUACGGCCCGUAUUCAGCAGCUGGGUUCUGCUUCUCCUGCCCUGCCUUGGACUACAGCUGGUACCGGUCGCUGCUGACAUGACGGACGGUAACAGCGAGCACUUGAAGCGGGAGCACAGCUUGAUGAAGCCGUAUCAGGGACUGGGCUCCAGUUCAAUGCCUCUGUGGGAUUUUGGUGGGAGCACCAUGUUGACGGGUCAUUAUGUCCGCCUUACACCUGAUGAGCGCAGUAAAAGUGGAUCAAUCUGGAACAGUGUGCCAUGCUACUUGAAAGACUGGGAGCUCCAUGUCCAGUUCAAAGUUCAUGGAACUGGGAAAAAGAAUCUUCAUGGUGACGGGUUAGCUAUUUGGUACACGAAGGACCGACUAAGCCCUGGCACCGUGUUUGGAAGCAAAGAUAAAUUUCAUGGUUUAGGGCUGUUCAUUGACACGUACCCCAAUGAUGAGAGUGCUGAUCGGGUGUUUCCGUAUGUCUCCGCAAUGGUCAACAAUGGAACGCUUCCCUAUGACCACAGCAAAGAUGGUCGCAGCUCUGAGCUUUCCGGAUGCCCUGCAGAACUCCGGAAUGUAGAUCACGACACGUAUUUGGCAAUUCGCUACUCUAGGGGCAGGUUAACGGUGAUGACAGAUGUUGAAGACAAGAAUGAGUGGAAAGAGUGCAUCGAUAUCAGUGGGGUCAGACUGCCCACUGGUUAUUUCUUUGGUGCAUCUGCAGCCACGGGAGAUCUGUCAGACAACCAUGAUGUCAUCUCCAUGAAACUUUACCAGCUGACAGUGGAACACUCACCAGAGGAUGAAAACGUUGACUGGACAAAAAUUGAGCCCAGCGUCAGCUUCUUGAAAUCUCCUAAAGACAACAUCGACGAUCCAACGGGAAAUUUUCGGAGCGGGCCAAUGACAGGCUGGAAGAUCUUCCUGCUCCUCCUUUGCGCAUUGCUUGGGAUCGUUGUGUGUGGUAUGGUGGGCGCUGUGGUCUUCCAGAAACGCCAAGAGCGCAAUAAGCGGUUUUACUGAGUGGAAACUGUCCAAUCAGGCCUUUACAAUGUGAAGCUUUCUUUUUCUACAAGAUGGUUUGUACAACAUGAGGUGUUUAUAUCCGGAUGGGAGAACAGAGAUCACAACUAUUUUCAUAUAUUUCUAUGAGAUGAUCUGGGGGCUGGUGAUGACGAUGAAUAGAGAGGGGAGUGAGUGGAUAUCACACAGCUACCUGCCCCUGUCACUUGGUACCACACAGGGGCCAUGCUUCCUUUUUUUAAACCGACAUAUUUGUUGAAAAUGCAUAUGAAUUUGUUAUUUUGAAACUGUUCUUUUUACUAAAGAUUUCGAACCUGUUUGAAUUGGAUCUUCUAUCUACGGAAACCUUUCAGUUUGCAAAUGCCACAGGCUUCAGUGUGAUUUAGUAGUUUGAGCCACACUGCAAGCAUAUGCAGUUUUCAUUCAUAUUGUGUGGUUGGAUGUUUCAAUGGCACCAUGUUUCUCUCUAAGCGUUUAUUGUUCACAUUCUUUCUCAGUCUGCCUCUUUCUCUCUGCUGUCUAUGUAAGUUUCUCUUUCUCUGCCUAUAAACUGCACCUAGUCUUUGGAGGACAGCUAAUGCAGUUUGUUCGACUUGUUUUUAACCUUUGCUUAAAUUCAUUCUACAUCUCGCUUCAGUUAACUUUAUUUGCCUAUUGAAAGCAGGAUGCCUCUUGUUUUGUGACAGCACUUGUGAACCACGUGUGUCAUUCUGCAGGAUGCUAAAUGCGUGGGCCUGAGACUGUGGUUUUAGAUGCUGCAGCAGUUUUUUUUUCCUGAUUUUGAUACUCUUGUGAGCACAUUUGCUGGCAUAGUUGAGAGAGAUAUGCAUGCGGCUGCAGCAUAGUUCUUGAAUAUAUCCUAUUUUUUCUUUCUUCUCACUCUCUCCCUUUUUCUCUAUCUCCUUUGUUUUUUUUGCUCGGUCUCAAUCCCCCCCACCCCACCCCACCCCACCACUUCCCCUCUGAUUUAUUUUGGUCAAUGAUUCUCUAAAUAAAAAGCUGGAGGAUUAAAGUUUUGUCUGUUGUUCUGUCCAGCAUUCCCCUUUAUUGCUGUCUUCUAAUUGAAGCUCAUCAUAUCAGCUCCUAAACUUGCCUUGCCCAGGACCUCAAAACUGUAGAACUUCUCUCUUCCUGCCAUCAUCCAAAUGAUUGCUAGGCUUUAAAACCUAAGCUGGCAUCACUUAACCACCGCUUCCUGAUUUACCUCAUCUCUUUUUAGCCUCAGUGUGAGGCUGUGCACUAUGGGCCUUGGUCUAUCUCCUCAGUUCCAAAAGAAAAUGUGGAGCCUAAUUCAUCACAAAACUACAUUCAAAGGAUAUAAAAUGAUACUCUUUUAUGGAUCUAUACACGCUGCUUUAUUUGUUUGUUAACAGCCAUCAGUGACUGGGUCAGCUUUUAAAGAACUAUUAAGUGUUCUUAAUUUGCACUAUUCUAUGGCCUCUACAUUUAAGCCGAUGGCUCCUUCAGUGGUAGGUGGUUCACAAUUGUUUUUCCUAAUUGGACUGUGGAUAGAAGGUUCUAGAGAAUGGGAUCUGAAAAUGUUUACCAUCAUUGGGGGAGGACACAAGUUGUAUUCAUGUGACAUAAUUACAAUAAUGUAAACUGAAAUGUAAGGAACAACUUUGUGUGGGUACUGAUAGAAAUAAACAGCGAUAACAGCC